AUGUUUGCUAGCACUGCUGAUUACCACAAGUCCGACUUUGCAAACGGCGCAAGAGCAUUGUCAUCGCUUUCCACAGUUUCGUCCUCAAACUCAAUUGUUGAUUUCAAUACUGGAGACUUGUUACCAGACCUUUGGCAAACGUCGUCUAAUGAGUCAAGCGUGUCGGACGGCUUAGAGUAUUCAAAUGACUUUGGCUUUAAACAACAACCACAACUACAAUCGCCCUGUCGCAACCAUUUUAGUUCCUUCAAUGCACAACUUUCACCUUUUAUUGAUCCGCAUCACACCCAAGUUCCCAUGUUCCUGGAUGUUUCCCCGUUUCAAAAUUAUACUCAACUGCCGGUUCAGAGAGCUUCACCACUAUGGCACCUGGGUCAAUCGACAUGGAAGGUCCAACAUCAACAACAACAGGCCACAACUAGUCCUUUCCACAUUGACGAGCUAUACGAUAACCAACAACAAGUACAUAUAUUAAACAACGAUAUUCCACGUCAUCAAAGUGUACUCAAUGAGACUACAGUUUCCGUGCAGACACCAACAACUCCUUCACGCGACACUUCACCCCCUCAAUCUAAAUCCAAGACAGUAAACACUCAAUUAUAUAAGACAGAAUUGUGCGGGCCAUUUAUGAAAACCGGCAGCUGUCCCUAUGGUCUCAAGUGCCAGUUUGCCCACGGUGAAGCUGAGUUAAAGCAUAUUGAACGACCACCAAAGUGGAGAUCAAAACCAUGUGCUAACUGGUCAAAGUAUGGAAGCUGCAGGUACGGCAACAGAUGCUGCUUUAAACAUGGUGAUUGA